CGAAGCGCUUUGUUCUGUUGAACGCAGCUGUUAAAUUCAGCAUAUCUUCAUUCAAUUUUUUGUUUCAUAAAGACUAUAGAAGUCUUGCGAAAUAAUUUUCUUAAACUUUACUAUUAUGAAUUGAAAUACAUAUAUAUAUAUGUAACAAGAAAAAUGCCUGCGGGAGCGGAACGUCCAGCUUCAAUGCCUUUUCAGGACAGUCAAUAUAAUUGGACGGACGAUUUACCAGUUUGCAAACAAUCCGGAGUGGGGUUUUCCACUAAUCAAAUUUAUCGAGAGGAUGGAUAUCGACAAGAGGAACAUCCCUUCGAAGAUCGUAGCUUUCAUUGUAGAUAUGACGACUCCACGUUUCUCUAUGCCGUGUUUGACGGUCACGAGGGUACAAAAGCUGCCAAUUUCGCUAUGCAACGAAUGGCUGCUGAGAUCUUACUUGGACAGUUGAACGGCAAAUCAACCGAUGAAGAAAUAAAGGAGGUUCUUCGCCAAGCAUUUACGGCAGUGGAAAGAGGAUAUCAGGAAUCAGUUGGCGAUCUGUUAGCGGAACGUGCCAGUCUGCAGUUUGACAUACCCGAUGGACUUAACUCCUACGAAACUUAUCAAAAGUUUCCAGAUUUGGUUGACAAGCUAAAUGCAUUAAAUUGCGAAUUGUCAGCUGGAACCAGCGCUGUGGUCGCCCUAGUCUACAGAGGGAGGCUGUACGUCGCGAAUGUCGGAGACAGCAGAGCACUGUUAUGCAAGACGGACAGCAAUCAAGUACUGAGAGUCGUGCAACUGAGCGUGGAUCAUGAUUUGAGAAACGAGGACGAGCUCCUGCGAUUGUCUCAUCUCGGUCUGGACGUUGAAUCAAUCAGGCAAGAACAUGUUGAAGGUUCUCAUCUCGGGAAUCAAGAAAAUACACGUUGCCUCGGUAACUAUCUCGUUAAGGGUGGAUACAGAGAAUUCGAGGAGCUGGCAGCUUCCGCAGCAGAGCCGAUCAUCGGUGAGCCAGAGAUCCACGGCAGCAUCGAGCUGGACGAGUCUUGUAGAUUCUUACUGCUUAUGUCGCGCGGCCUCUACAAGUCGUUGGAGGAAGCGACCGGUACCGAUCAGGUCAAUAAGGAAUUGGCCCUGAUAGCGGUUGAGCAGUUCCGAGUCCAGUCCACCUUGACCGGCGUUGCCCAGGCAGUAGUCGACAAGGUCGUAAGAAUCCACCAUGACGUGAACAUGAGCAACACGCAGAGCACCAUGACCACUGGCAAACGUGAUGACAUAACGCUUCUGGUGCGGAACUUCAAUUUUCCGCUACCGCACGCCCUGAAGAGUCCGACUAGCCAGUCCGUCAGGUUCAAUCCCGUGGUACAGACCGCGCCCAUCAGUAUACCGGACAACGAGGACUUCUCGAGCACCGGCACCGGCGCUACCGAUGAGAACUUCGAUACAUCGACUACCGAGACCUCGACUACCUCCGAUAUUUAUCCGCCUGGCGCCAGAAUGACGGACCCAAAUGCCAGGAUCAAGCCUUACGUAGACUUCUCAGAGUAUUACGAAAACGUCGAGAAAAGAAAGCAAGAGGGAACCUUGCCAGAAGGUAUAAACUUUUGAUGCUUUAUCAUCAUGGAUAAAGUAUCUCAAACUACCAGAGAUUGCACCGUAAUAGUCAUGUAAAUACGUUCGCGAAUGUUCCUACUGUUGCAGCACAUUUUCAGUUAAUUUUUCCAUAAUGCUCGUAUUAUAGCUAUGUACGUACCAACAUAAAGUAUUUAUUAAUUUAUGCCGUAACACGAUUAUUCUGCUUAUCGAAACACUAAGUAAAAAUUUAUUAUAUUUAAUAAAUUAAUUCAAGAAUAUGUAAUAUAUAUGUAGGGAAAUUUAUAACAAUUUAUGGAAAAAUUGAUAUCACACUGUAGAAAAAUAUAUUGUAAAAAUAAUAUAUUGUAAAAUAUAUUAUUAAUAUAUAAUUAAUAUAUUGUAAAAAAUCGCUUUUCACAAAAUUUUCACGAUGGCAUUAACUCGAAUAAACAUAUUAAAUUAGUAUGCAAAAUUA